AUGACCUUUUUUUCUUGGUUUAUGUUGCCCAAAUACUAUCACUGCCAGAAGCUGGAUAUGUUGGCUAUCGCCUACAGUGUCGUGUCGAUAGCCAAGAUCAUCACCGUUCUUAUAGUCAUCUCCAGCAUCUGGCUGCUCAGCUCGCAAUGGCUACAAGUACUUAACGGAUUCAUGAUGUUCCAACAGAUAUAUCGAUUCUUCAAGAAAGAUAAAGGAUUCAUUAGAAUUUACUGCACUGUGUUGCACAUAAUCUACAUGCUGCUAAUAGCCUGUUAUAUUUGUUUUUUGAUGCCCAAAUACUACAAUUGCCAGAAAUUUAACAUGUUGGCCAUGGCCUACAGUGUCGUCGCGAUAGCUAAAGUCGCCUGCGUUCUCAUACUCCUCUUCAGCAUCUGGCUUCUCAACACACAAUGGCUGUUAAUAAUUAACGAAUUCUUGAUGUUCCAGCAAAUAUAUCGUGAAGAGUUUUCUGGACAUGGCAACUGUAUGCUAUAUAUUUGGAAACUUCUGCUGACCCUUUCCCGAUUUCUGCUGCUAUUCGUUCAACUGUUUGGACCUCCCAGCAUAUUUAUGUGCGACAAGUUUGAAGGACCGAGAGGACGAUUCGCUCCCUUAUAUGUACUGCUUUCAUUGUCAAUUGUUCUCAUGGAAAUUCUACUGACAAGUGUUGACUAUUGGGUAUAUUAUUUGUUACACCUCAGCAAUCGAGUGCUGGGCUUUAUGUCGGAGGAGGCGGAGGGACUACGACAAGAUUUAAACUGGUUGCCUCAACGAAGUGGCAGCCAUCGAAAUGUUUACCAGCAGCAACUCUAUGCUGCCUGGCAUAAACUCUGGCGUCGCUGUUUGCGGCUGGAUAGAUUAAUCCACUUUAUGCUAAAGAUCAGCCAAUGGCACAUACUUCUUAACUUAUUUGCCUGCUAUUUAACCGAUAUUACCAUAAUAUUUAACAUUAUCAUUUAUUCAACUGAAUCCGAUAAUUUUCAUUUAAUCCGUUUAAUGGUCUGCUCUUUGCUGGGCAUACUAUUUCACUCCGAUAUUAUGUGCUACUUUGCCAUCUUUGCAAUGAAUCGUUCACAGUGGAAAAAUCUCUUAGCGAACAUGGAAGAGCUCUGGUUCACUCUUGGUGACCUUAACUUCAAUCCGAGUACUGAUUCUUACGGCAUUGCAAUGCAGCGUCAGAUGGACGUACUGACAGACAGACGGACAUACGGACAUACGGACAUGACUAGAUCGUUUCAGCUGUUGACGCUGAUCUAG